AUAAUUGUCACUAUAAUAUUUAUAGUAAACAGUCGUCGUUGUCGGACACUGGUAGCAUAUUAUAGUUGUAGUAGUCCUCAAGGUACAUCGGCACUGCCUGCGUCCGUGCGCGUUUCGUUAGAAAAAAAGAAGAAGUGCAAUUAACCUAAUCGUACUAACCACUGCCUUAAUCGUUUUUUAUUUUUUUUCAAAAACCUUUUAACGUUUUUUUUAGUGCUCUUCUGUGUUAUCUGCGAGUGUCGUCGUAACCGUGCGGUUUCGUCGACGUACACUCGGAUAACGCGAAAUACGCGUAGGCGUCUAUAUAAUGUCGUGUAAAAACUCGGUUUGAUCGCGAGUUUCCUCGGGUCGCCCGGCCGCUGCAGUCAUGCCCGGCACGUUGUCGUACGACCGUCGGCGCGUCGACGGCCGCGGUACGAUCGGCGGCACGGGAGGAGGAGAACGCGCGCCGUGUCGUUAUUACGCCACGGAAAGGAGGCGGAACAGGUAUUCGUCGUUUUCCAUCAUGAAACUGUUCCGAAGGAGCAAGCACUGCGACGGCGACGACGACGACGAUUCGGCCUGGUUCCGGGACGAUCUGCAGCGCAUCCGGCAAGCGUACCGGGAACAGGAACCGGACUACGCGGCGGUGACGCCGACGGCGGAUCGUCGCAGGCCCGCGGCCGCGGCCACGUGGUCCAGGUGGUCCGGGAGCACGACGACCGUGUACAGUUUCGCGUACGUGGACGGAGCGCCGCGGGACGACGACGAGAGGACGGGACGAGACGGACGUCGCGCAGACGGCGACGACGACGACGACGUGGUCGAGUACAUCGACGCGGCCACGCUGCCGGUGGCGCACCGGCGACGGACGGGCCGCGAGCGGUCGCAGACGCCGUCCGCCGGGACUAGUGGCCGCGCCGGCCAGACGACCGGGACGAUGACGGCCACCAGGCGACGAAACAAGCGGAUCGCUCCGCCUCCGCCGGCGGCUCAGAUCGAGACGGCCGCCGCCGCCGCCGCCGCCCCGACUACGGUACAGCGACGCGCGGCCGGCACGAUCUCCAGGAAAAAGUAUAGGGCGCCUCAGCCGCCCGCGCCGCCGGCGAACGGGUCUUCGGAACCGAGGCCGCAGCAGCAACGCGGCCAGCAGGCCUGUCGUCGGGCGGCGCCGGUGCGACGGCGCAGAAAGGGUCCGGCGCCAAAGCCGCCCGUCGUACAACAGCAGCCGUCGCCGCCGCCGCCCGUCGCGGCCGUCGAGGCCGGUUCGAACGUCAAGCGAAAAAUCUCUCAGUACGAGAGGGACCGGCUCAUGGAGCGGGUGGACAAGAUCGAAAAGCAUUUUUUCGACAAGACGGCGGCGGCGGCGGCUCCGAAGGCGGAAACGGCGGGGGCGGCGGCCGUCCGUCGCCACGGGUUCGCCUCCCCGGCGGCGCUGUACACGGCCAUGGCCGCCACGAACCUGACCGAGUUGGACAAACGGGCGGCCGAGAUAUGUCGGCAGAGGAACCAGCGCGGUUAUCCGACGGCGGCCGCGCCGCUGACGGCCGACCACAAGAACGCCAUCGUGUCGGCCGUCAUCCGGAAGUCGUACCCGACGGCGACGGCUGCCGACGGGGUCGGACGACCGGACCGGCUGCAGCCGCAGCGGCCGACGACGUCCGCCGCGGCCGCGGACGACGAAAAGCGGCUCGUGCGACACAAACGUUUGGCGUUUUUCCAGCAACAGCGGCCGACGGGACGAGCGGACGAGCGGCCGGCGACCCGCACCGUCGGCAAAAACGCGGCGACGGCCGCCGCCGACAAGACCGUCGCCGCCGCCGCCGCCGCGGUCCCCAGCACGCUGUCGCGCCGAACGACGCAGACCGAGUCGGCCGCCGCGGCGGCGAAAAAGUCCGAAGUCGACGCGACACCCGCGACCGACGCGGCCGUCCGGACGGGCGGCGGUGGGUGUUCGUCAGCUGCAGACACUAAAAAUUUGACAUCUGAAGAUAAAGAUAAUAAUUGUUAUCAGCAAUUAAUGGCCAUGGAAAUGCAAAGUGACCUAGUACUUCAUAACGGCCCCUUUGAGUGCGCUGUGUGUUUAUGUACAUAUGAUAAUAAUGGCGUUGUGUUACGUGAUUGUUUGCAUGUAUUUUGUAGGCUUUGUCUGCAAAUGACGAUCGAUCAUUCGAAAGCCGAACAAGUUGAAUGUCCUUACAUAGAUGAUCGGUACUCUUGUACCGGGGUAUUGCAACACCGUGAAAUAAAAAAGAUAUUGGACUCUGACGAAAAGUAUGAAAGAUUUUUGCAAAGGUCAGUAGAACGAGCCAGACAGUUGUUAGCGAAAGAGCAUAACGGUGGAUCAUUUCAGUGCAGACGACCCGACUGUCCUGGUUGGUGUUUGAUUUACGAUAAGAAUAACGUCUUGGAAUUUAAAUGUCCUGUUUGUGGGACAGUAACGUGCGUUCGAUGUGGUUCAAUUCAUACACAAGGGAGAGGAUGUAAAAAGUUAAUUGAAACAAAUGACGACGAUUGCACGCUUGAGAAUCUUAUUGAUCGCGGAGAUGCUAUGCUGUGCCCAGGAUGUAAUACAGUUCUGUCAAAGCAGCAGGGUUGCGAUUGGAUUAAAUGUGCGGUAUGUUUUAUGGAGAUUUGCUGGGCGACUAAAGGUCCAAGAUGGGGACCUAAAGGAAAAGGAGAUACUACAGGAGGAUGUAAGUGUGGCAUACCACCCGGAAGAAAAUGUCACACUGACUGUAAAUAUUGCCAUUAAGUAUAAAUGGAUUUAGUUGUACAGUGUACUUAGAAAUUAAUUUAAUUCACUGCUUGGAAAGUUCCUAAAAAAUAAUUAGCUCACCUCAAAAAAGGAACUUUGUUCAUUCCCAUUUAGGCUUGAUAAAUUAUCCUAUCCCUUUCCUCAUUCCUAAUAUACAAAGGAACAUAAUAUUUCGUUUUUUAUUUAUUUUUUAGUUAUAUAAAUUAAAAACGAUUUUUAUUUCUUCUAAUUUUUAAUUUUGUACGAAGAUUUUCGAUGUAUAAACUGUGUGUCUGUUUCACUGUAUGCACUAUGUUAUUUCUAAUGCAAUGAUAUUAUGGCUAAUGUUUUGAUAAUUUAUAACAGAUAAUUAGUAUACAACAUUUAAUAAUAAAAAUAAUUUUUGUUUAAGCAAAUCAAAAUAACCAAGUUCAAUCAUUAAAAGCGAUCCUGUAAUUUUUUUUUUUUUUAUAUGGACCUAGACGUUAUUAUGUUAAUGUAUCAGACUGUAAUAAUAUUUAUUACUGUACCUACCUACUGAAAAAAAAAUGUUGCGUGUUGUUGGAAUAAAUAAAUAUAAGUAAUGUUCAAAUAUGUUUA